ACACUUCAAAAUGGCUGCGAGGCUACGUGAAAGCCUGUGAAUGACUGCACACAACUUUAACCGUAAUUAUGGAUCGACCCUCAGUUGAUCAAGUCAGGGCUGUCAUUGGUGCCCUGUACAAUGAUUCGGAUCCAAAUGGAAAAGAGAAAGCUUCAGAAUGGCUUCACGAACUUCAGCGCUCGGUUUAUGCUUGGGAAAUAGCUGACCAACUUUUAAGGCUAAACAUAAGUGUAGAAACAAGUUACUUUGCUGCUCAGACCAUGCGUACAAAGGUUCAGUAUUAUUUUUAUGAACUGCAACCCGCACAGUACCAGUCGCUUAAAGAUUCUCUUUUGGAUCAUCUGUGUACUCUUCAUUCUGUUUCUCAUGCUAUUGUUACUCAGCUGUGCCUUACUCUUGCUGAUCUUGCUGUACAAAUGCCACAGUGGAGGGAGGUGGUCAAUGAUCUCUGUCAGAGAUUUGGAACAACAGUGGAGAGACUACCUGUUCUCCUAGAAAUCUUAACAGUUCUUCCUGAAGAGGUGGGUAGUCAUCAUCUCAGAGUGGGUGCCAACAGAAGGGAAGACGUAACCCAGGAACUUCGUGCCUCAGCAGCCACAGUCCUCAAUCUCCUUACAGCUUGUGUGAGCCAAUUUCCAACAGAUACAAAUGUAAAAAUUAGGAUGUUUCGUUGUGCUGGUAGCUGGGUGACCCUUAGUGCAUUCCCACCCAUAGAAUUUGUAAGGAGUGAUCUGUUGCAGUCAACAUUCAAUGUCUUGCAUGAGGCUGAUUGCAAUGACUUAUUACAUGAAGUAGCAGCAGACUUUAUUUGUAAUGCGCUGUACACAUCUGAGAACCUUGAGAAUCAGGAACAGCUUGCUGAAGGACUUUUUCAGUAUGUGAUGAUGCUGCCGCCAGCUUAUGAAAAAGCUGUGCAAAGUGAAGACUUUGACCGAGCUCUCAAUAUCUGCAGAGUUUUUACUGAAAUGGGAGAGUCUUUCUUACCUGUGAUUGUUCAGUCACCUGGCAGGAGUCUUGGUGACUUAGGAACACUCACCAUUAUAUUGACUUGUGUAAAGCAUUAUCAGUAUGAGGUAGCGGAGGUAACAUUCAACUUCUGGUAUCGUUUAUCAGAGGCUUUAUAUAAGACUGAAGAUGAAGCAAAGGCAGCCCUCUUUAGACCAUAUUUUGAAAGUUUACUUGAAGCGUUGUGUGUUCACUGCCGGUUAGAAACCGAUGCGCAAGGAAUCCCAGAUGACUGUGACGAGUUUGGAGAGUUUCGACUCAGGGUGGCAGAUCUCAUCAAGGACUGUGUAUUUAUUGUAGGAUCAGGAAACUGUUUUAGUCAGAUGUACAACAGUAUUGUACAGCAAGGGAACGCAGUUCCUUGGGAAGCAACGGAAGCCGUCCUGUUUGUGAUGUCAACAGUAGCAAGAAAUGUACCAUCGAAUCUUGAGGUAGUUGGUCACUGUCUGCCCUUGGUUUUAAACUUACCGUCCAGCUUACAUGUUGCUGUUAGACACACUAGUAUUAAACUUGUUGGUGAGCUAGCAGAAUGGAUAAAAACACAUCCAGAGUAUCUUGAUCCCAUACUUCAGUUCUUGUUGUCAACUGUUCAAGAUCCCAAACUAUCUUCAGUGUCAGCUUCGGCUAUUGAAAGCCUUUGUAUAGCUUGUCACUCACAAAUGACAAAAUAUUUUGACGUUUUAGCUCAGGUGGUAGUAGCAGCAGAUUCGCUUUCCAUCUCAAGUGAUUCUUAUAUUGGACUCUUGAAAGGAGUGUGUAAAGUUUUAGAAGGGAUAGAGUCAGAACAACUUUCCGAAGGCUUAAAUUCUAUUUGCGGAAUACAUGUAACAUCACUUAAACAGAUUCUAUCUGCACCUGCGAACUCGUAUCCAGAUCCCACUCUGUGGUUGGACAGACUGGCUGCUACGUUCAGAUAUGUUAAUCCUAAAGUAGAAAAUGGUACGAAACACCCGGCUCUUACAGUCGUAGAGGAGGUGUGGCCAAUACUUUCCAACAUCUGUGAUAAGUACAGGGCGGACCUGAAAAUUAUUGAGCGAUGUUGUAGAUGUAUUAGAUUCGCUAUUCGCUGUCUUGGCAAAUCAGCGAUCAAUUUACUCUCCCCGUUGGUCUCACAGAUGGUGAGCGUGUAUGGAACCAAUCCUCACUCUUGCUUUCUGUACCUGGGAAGCAUUUUAGUCGAUGAAUAUGGUGACGAGGCUGGGUGUGUUCCUGGACUAAUUGGAAUGACUAUGGCUUUCUGCGGUCCAGCAUUUCAACUAUUAAGCCAAGAAAAAGGAAUGAUUGAACAUCCCGACACCAUCGAUGAUUUGUUUAGAUUAUGCGGCAGAUGCCUUCAGAAGUGUCCUCUGGCUUUUUUAAAGUGCGAUGUUGCCGUCCCUGCUAUCCAGUGCGCAAUAGUGGCAAGUACAUUAGAACACCGAGACGCAAAUUUGUCAGUGAUGAAAUUCAUUAAAAGCCUGGUCAGCUGUGCUACUGAAAAGUCGCGGAAUGAUAUUCAAGAGAGGCUUUCUUUAGUACAGAAGAUCCUUGCAGUUCACGGGCAAAAUAUAAUGACCGAUCUUCAAAUCAUGAUGCCGUUUGGAAAGCUUCCAAGCGCUUUUCGCGCCUGUUCAGAUGAAACCAAUCCAAAUUGAAGGAAAGGAGGUCAAGUACAGUUUCAAAAGUGCAGUUGAUGACGUCAAUGAAAAUCGAAACCAGUCAGCAACAAGCUGUCAUUGCUGAGAGCUCUACACGGAGCCUAGGAUGUAAUUACGUUCAAUAGCAAGAACAGCAGAGAAACUUGUCUGUAGACAAAAUUGUGGAAACAUCAAUCUAAGGUGUACUUUGCUCUGAAGAGAUGUCAUACGUUUUAUUUGAAUCCUCGGGAAGAUCUGGAAGCAAGGACUCUGCGAGAAGGAUUCAUCAUUUAGUUACAUUUAAACCCGAUAAGUGCAUGUUCGGCUUAUCAGGAGGGAGAAAUUUUGAAGCCGGAUGGUUUAAAGUGACAUAAAGAACAUUGCGUCGUAUUUUUAGCGAUGCCUCAAGGGCAUGUUUUACUUUCUAAAUUUAACAUUCAGUCUUUUUUUUUUCUGCUGGCUCUUGGAAUGUUUUACUGGACCUUCUUAUAUUGAACUCAAUUUAUCUAAAUUUCUUUCCUUCAGCAAACUGGAAAUUACCUGUCAAUUCACACAUUCUUAUUACACUGUCGCCGAUUGCCGUUCCUAUACGAUAAUGUUAAUUAACUUUUAACUUCAAACCAGUUUUAGUAAACUGCAUGCCUGUCACCUGAUAUAAGCUUCUUUACAGAGAUAUUCUGUGAAAUGUGAGUGAUACUGAUAAAAAGUUGUGAGCAUCUCAAAUGCACGAGGGGCUUUAUAGGCUUGGUAUACGCGAAAUGCUUCUUACAAGAGCCCUUUUGAGUAGACUGGCACGGUUUCUGAUAUCUUACGUCACUGCUCUUCGCUUUUUGAAUAUUUCGAUCAGACAGGUCUGCUCAGAAACUCGGAUAAUACUUGAAAAGUGGCACCUUGAUCAUUUUGGUAACAGAGUUAAAAUAUUCCUCCUGAACAGUUAUUGUUUGUUGAGUAGGUGACGGUGUUUGGACGUGGUCAAGAUAUACGCAGAACUGGUUUAGUCAAGGGCCUCUUUUGACGUGAAACAAUUCAGAAAAGAACUCAUUAAGCGCUGACGCUUACAUCUUGUUCGUUUUUGAGCAGAAAAGAAAACAAGAUUUAGCUCAAUUAAAAGUGCAAGAAAAACUCAACAAAGGCUAGAUAUCGCUUAAUUAAGCUGGACUGCCAUUACAAUUUGGGCUUAUUUCCCUGCCCCUACCCCUUACCCCAAAACAACCCUUGGUCACUCCGACUCGAUUCCAUUUUCUAAAUCCCAAUACGAACAAUAAUAACGUUUACCUUUUCUCACUUUUCGACCCACCCUCUCCUCAAUCUUUACUUCAUUUGCAUAAACUCACGUUAGACCGCGGGAAACUGGCUUUGAGUGGGUUGGGCAUCCAUCUUGGAUUUCCUCACGCGCGUAAGAUUUAACAGGUUUUUACGUUCAGUUGUUACUUAAAUCUGUUUUUCCUCUUUUAAUUGCUGGAUAAGUCGUCACUUCAAUUUUGAAAAUUCAGAUUUUUUUCUGCCUGCAAAGUAAUCCAGUCAAAGACGUAUUAUAUUUUUCAAUUUAGUUGCAGCAAUGGACAGUGGCAGUAACUCUCCAGAAAAGGACAUUGAAGAUAUGAAGCUCCUUGUGGAGUCCCUGGAAUACCAGAAGGACGAUUCGUCUCAACAGCAACAGGCUCUGAGAGCACUGGCUGUAAUUCUGUCGCAGAAUA